GUCCGGACAAGAUGAGCGGGCGCGUUGGAUUCUACAAGCAAGAGCUGAACAAAACGGUGUGGGAGGUGCCGGACCGGUACCAGCGCCUUACCCCUGUUGGUUCCGGUGCUUUUGGCUCUGUAUGCUCUGCAUAUGAUACCAAGACAAGACAAAAGGUGGCAGUAAAAAAGCUCUCCAGGCCAUUUCAGUCACUAGUCCAUGCAAGGCGAACGUACAGGGAACUGCGGCUGCUGAAACAUAUGAAGCAUGAGAAUGUUAUUGGCUUGCUGGAUGUUUUCACGCCGUCUACUUCAGGAGAAAAUUUUAAUGAAGUGUAUCUAGUGACAAAUCUAAUGGGAGCCGACCUCAAUAAUAUUGUAAAGUGCCAAAAGUUAACAGAUGACCAUAUCCAAUUCCUUAUAUAUCAGUUACUUAGAGGCCUCAAGUAUAUACACUCUGCUGGAAUCAUCCAUAGAGACUUGAAGCCCAGCAAUUUAGCAGUAAAUGAGGACUGUGAACUAAGGAUUCUAGAUUUUGGCUUGGCACGGCAGGCAGAUGAUGAAAUGACUGGGUAUGUUGCAACAAGGUGGUACAGAGCUCCUGAAAUCAUGUUGAAUUGGAUGCAUUAUAAUCAAACAGUUGACAUUUGGUCAGUUGGAUGCAUCAUGGCAGAGCUACUGAAAGGCAAAGCUCUCUUUCCAGGAAAUGAUUACAUUGAUCAAUUAAAAAGGAUAAUGGAAGUAGUCGGAACACCCAACUCAGAAUUUCUCCUGAAAAUAUCAUCAGAACAUGCCAGAAGAUACAUUGAAUCAUUACCUUAUAUGCCUCAGCAAGAUCUGAAGGAGGUAUUUCAUGGCGCCAACCCACUGGCGAUUGAUCUGCUUGAAAAGAUGCUCAUUUUAGACAGUGACAAGAGGAUAACUGCUACAGAAGCCCUGGCACAUCCUUAUUUUGUACAAUAUCAUGACCCAGACGAUGAGCCUGAAGCUGAACCUUAUGACGAAUCAACGGAAAAUAAAGAGCGCACUAUAGAUGAAUGGAAAGAAAUUACAUAUGAAGAAGUCAUUAGCUUUAAAUCUCAAGAUGUUAAAAUUGAUAACUUGGAGAUUGAACAGUAAGCACAAAUUACCUGGACAAUUCCGCAUCCUGGAACUUAUGGCUUAACUUGGUUCAGCUGACCAAAGACACAGUCUGCUUUGUAAUCAGUUUGUCCCCUGCCUUCAACAUGGGGAAGCCUUGUUUUAAUUUAUAUCAUUCUUUUUAUGACUGCACCUAAGUUAUAGGAUAAAUUAUUAAAGGAGCCAUUAGAACCCCUGUAGGAGAGACUUUUUACAGAUCCAGCUUCCAGCGCUGCCUGUACCCAUCACAACAUGAUAUUAAAGGCUUGUACUGGUAAUCUGUGAUAACAAUAGAGACCAUUUCGAUAAAUUACACCUCUCUGUUUUAGACCAGUCUGAGACAUCCAGCAUUCGCUUAUUCUGCUAAACAGUAAUACCAACCGCAGCAUCACUCUCCUCACUGAACAGUGCAAUUGCACAAGACACCUGGGGAUGUUAAACAAAUUUCCUGCCUAUCACCUUAUUGUGUUCUGUGCCACUUUUCUGCCACUAGUGUGUUAUGUGCUUUCCCAGGCUGUGACACUUUUGUUCCCAAGUGUCAGAAGAGGGAACCGUUUAGGCUGUCACCCACACAUUGAUUUUUGGUAAUUUAAUGACAUUUCUUUCCAUUUUGUUUUGCUUCGUUGUAUAUUAAUGAAUCAAACAUGCUAUAGUCUGUUGCAGAUGUUCCAGAAAAUCAUAAUACUGUGUGUAAUAUACAAUUAACCAUAAACCCCCACUCCACACACACAUCUUUUUACAUUGAGAUCGAUUUAUAAUAAUGACUGAGAAGCCAGGCCACAAGAUCAUAAAAUGAGACCCUAAAACAACUUAAAGGGGCAAGGUGAAGGAGAGAGAUGGGAUAACAAGGGGUGGAGUCUCAGAAAAUGAUAAAAUUGGUCCCAUUCAGCUCAGAAUGUUGUCAACUUCACUUGUCCUUGCUUUUAAAGCACCUGAUCCAUCUUGUAAAAUCACUUAAUAAGGUUGCAUUUGCAGUAAGGACAGGAUAGAAUGAAACAAUUUCUAUAUCUACAUAUUAUAAAAUAAAGUACCACAAGAUAUCAAUACCUGUAAAUACAUUCUUCACAGUGGUUCAGUAUUAGGGCGAGUUUCAUGUUUUAAAUGUUUCAUUGUCAUACCAUGAAUCCUAUUGCAUGUACAAUUACAGAAACUUGUUUCCCAGGGGUGUGCGUGUUCUUGUGCAUGUUGUCAUUAAAAAUACUAAGCCAAAAGACUGAUGAAGGGAUCUAAAUGUAAUGUAUACAAAAUAUGUGCAAAAGAUGUCUAGGUGAAAGUGUGCUCUGCAAAAUGAGAUUGUCUGCCUGCUUAUAUUUAUAGCUGGUGCCUUCAUGGGGUGAGAGAUAUGAUAAUGAGAUCAAGCUUUCCAGUUCUGUCUGUUUACAGUUUAUCUGGGUGCUGAUUUCAGCUAGGAGACGUCAGCAAAUCUUAUCUUUGUCCUGCUGCCAAUAAAAAUGAUGCUUUUAA